AUGUCGCGCGACGAGGCAUUUAGCAAAAAAAUAGCCCUUAAUCGAUAUCCGGACCCUAAAAAUGGUAACAAUACUACCGGGAUAUUUGGUACCAUUUUCUCCAGUACUACCGGGAUAUUUGGUACCAUUUUAUCCAGUACUACCGGGAUAUUUGGUUCCAUUUUAUCCAGUACUACCGGGAUAUUUGGUACCAUUUUAUCCAGUACUAUCGGGAUAUUUGGUACCAUUUUAUCCAGUACUAUCGUGAUAUUUGGUUCCAUUUUAUCCAGUACUAUCGUGAUAUUUGGUACCAUUUUCUUCAGUACUAUCGUGAUAUUUGGUUUCAUUUUAUGCAGUACUAUCGGGAUAUUUGGUACCAUUUUCUUCUGUACUAUCGUAAUAUUUGGUACCAUUUUCUCCAGUACUAUCAGGAUAUUUGGUACCAUUUCAUUCAGUACUAUCGGGAUAUUUGGUACCAUUUUAUCCGGUACUAUCGGGAUAUUUGGUACCAUUUCAUUCAGUACUAUCGUGAUAUUUGGUACCAUUUCAUUCAGUACUAUCGUGAUAUUUGGUACCAUUUCAUUCAGUACUAUCGGGAUAUUUGGUUCCAUUUCACCCAGUACUAUCGGGAUAUUUGGUACCAUUUUCUCCAGUACUAUCGUGAUAUUUGGUACCAUUUUCUCCAGUACUCUCGUGAUAUUUGGUACCAUUUUAUCCAGUACUAUCGGGAUAUUUGGUACCAUUUUAUCCAGUACUAUCGGGAUAUUUGGUACCAUUUUAUCCAGUACUAUCGUGAUAUUUGGUUCUAUUUUCACCCAAUACUAUCGGGAUAUUUGGUACCAUUUCAUCCAGUAUUAUAAAUAAUCAAUUUUCGUGACAAAACACACAAAAACGUCAUUAUUUGA